CCACGCCUGCCACUCGGCCGCUUGCGAAAAAUUAUUUGAAUUUUGGCCGCGCCGACUCACAGCUCUCCCCCUUCUUCCCUCUCCCCACGUCAACCACCAAGGAUCGCUACAGCUUCAACCUUCGUCAACCACACCUCUCAAGACCUCUAGGGCUCCAAGCUACCCUAUUCUAACUCCCCCCCAGACCCAGAGUCCAAUUCUAAUACUCGUUCCGUGAACGUCUCCCUCCAUCACUACCUGACGCUUCACCCGUUGCCUUGCUCAACGAGUCAUCACCCGUCACAUCAACUUGUGGAUCGACUCCAUCAACACCAACCGACAUCCUUAUCAAUCACCAUGUCUACCGUCGUGGAGAAAGUUGCUGACGCUGCUGCCGCGGCCGUCAAUGACGUUACCAACGCUCUGGCCAACACCUCUAUCACUGGCAAGACAGACGACAAGUCUGCCAACAACAACGAUGCCGUCCUUGCCAGCGCUGCUGAAGGUCGCCGCCUGUACAUCGGCAACCUUGCCUACGCGACAACGGAGGGGGAGUUGAAGGAAUUCUUCAAGGGCUACCUUGUUGAGUCCGUUUCUAUCCCAAAGAACCCUCGCACCGACCGCCCCGUCGGCUAUGCCUUCGUCGACCUCUCUACCCCCAGUGAAGCUGAGCGCGCCAUUGCUGAGCUCUCCGGCAAGGAGAUCCUGGAGCGUAAGGUCUCUGUUCAGCUCGCUCGCAAGCCCGAGGCCAACGAGAAGACUGAGGGUGCCGGCGAGGGCACCAACGCUGAUGGCACGCGCCGCCGCCAGUCUACCCGUGGUCGUGGCCGCGCUGGCCGUGGCCGUGGUGGACGCGCUCGCGGUGGCCGUGGCAGUGACGACGAGAAGAAGGAGGACGGUGCUACCUCGGGCGACGCCGCUGAGAUUGCCGCCGAUACUCAGGUUCAGCCCCUGAAGGACAUCACCAACGAAGCCAACACUAACCAGGACAAGUCUGGCAAGAACCAGGCUCGCACUGCCCGUGAGCGUCGUGAGCGUGGUCCCCCCGCCGAUGGCAUUCCUUCCAAGACCAAGGUCAUGGUCGCCAACCUCCCCUACGACCUGACCGAGGAGAAGCUCAAGGAACUCUUUGCUGCCUACCAGCCCUUGUCCGCCAAGAUCGCUCUUCGCCCCAUCCCCCGCUUCAUGAUCAAGAAGCUCCAGGCCCGUGGUGAGCCGCGCAAGGGACGUGGCUUCGGCUUCGUCACCUUGGCUUCCGAGGAGUUGCAGCAGAAGGCCGUUGCUGAAAUGAACGGCAAGGACAUCGAUGGCCGUGAGAUCGCCGUCAAGGUCGCCAUCGACAGCCCCGACAAGACUGACGAUGACGUUCACGGUGCUCACGAGGCCGGCGAGAAGAUCGAGGGUACUACUCAGGAGCAGGCUCCUGUUGCCCCGGCGGCUGUUGGUAACCCUGCCCCUGCCCCUGCCCCGGCGUCUGCCACGCCCGCAGCUGCUCCUGCCACCACCACUGCUUAAAAAUGCUCAACCCUUGAUGAGCAUGGGGACGCAAGACGAUAUCGGCGGAGAUGAUGAUGAUGACUUCGUUAUCUUUAUCCGACUAUCUUCUUAAUCGUAUGUAUUAACUUUUUUGCGGUUGCAUUUUUCACGACAGGGAAUGGGUGGAUGAUUUCGGUUAUGGUUAGACAUGAAAAUGAAGCGGCAGAUGAAAUAGUUUCCUGGGCGUCUGGUUCGAGGUUGGGGUUUCAUAAGGGCUCCAUUCACGGUUGAGACAACAGGAGGAGAAUUAUCUCGGCUUUGGCACACGAAUACUCAUUAAUUUUCAUGACCUCUUUGCCUGAUUUUUUGGUGGAGUAGACGACAUUUGAUUCUGCGCAGUUCAUCGGGUGGUGUACUAUGGACAUGUAUGUAUGUAGUGAUGAGGCCAAAAUGGGAUCUCGGGAAAGUUGUUCUUUUGCAAUAUCAUGACGAUGGUGCCUGGAAUGGUGUUGUGGUGGUUGUGAGCAUUCCUGCAGGGGCACGGGGUGGAACAGUUUGGCGCCCAGAGUUCCAGAACAAAAUUGAUGGCAC